UUUACAAGAUGGCGGGACUGCCUGAACAGCAAUCUCGGGGAGUUUAUGCCAAACAGGCCCGUUUAGAAACGCCUUUUGAUAAGUUUUGUACUUUCAGUGAUAAAAAGGCUUUUUGUACAUUGUACAAACAUAUGUUGUCUAAUCGAAAUUUGGCUCUUCUUUCGGACAAAAUAACAUAUUGUGAUCCAAAUGCCGAAGAUGGAAAGUUGUUUUCUAAAGCAUCUUGCCAUGCAUCACCGGUGUUGCAAGAACUUUAUGCCUUUGAAAGCAUUUUCAAUGAUGGAGUAAAAAUGUUGAAUGAUAUAACCAAUAAGGACAGUUACAUACCUGAAGAUGAACACACAAAAACACUUCUAUUCCCUUUGUUGGCAUUUCUUUUCGAUGAAGAGUCCCACAGAUGUCUUCGAAGUCUCAGUGUUGGAGUGGAAAAUGAAACACAGCUGAUGAUAACUCUUGGGAUGCAUUUUUUCUCCAAACUGGCAGUUGCAAAAGAGUUCACAAUGGAUAAGUGUGCAGCAAAAAAAGAUUACCUUUGCAUUUGUGGAAACUAUGAGAAAAAGGAAAUCCUUUCUCGAUUUGAUGACACAUCAAUUGGUCAUGGUAAAGUAUGGCAUGGAAAUGUGGACAUAAUGCUAGAGAGCUGUGACAUUGGUGUGCAUUGUAGCCCAAUAGAAGAGAUGAGCCCAGGAGGAAUAACAACUGUUGAAGUGAAAUUUUGUGACCUGAAUUCAUUCAUUGUCAGAGAUCAUAUGCUGGCCCAAACAAUUACAUUUUCUUUUUUGCAACAGCAGCGACAUCCAGCGUUUAAACAUUCCUUGAUUCCGAGCAUUUUAGCCUCUAAUAAAUCUGUUCAAUUCUUUUUUUAUGAUUCCAAGAAUGACAUUUUACUUGAAAGUGCAGAAUUCGACUUUUUUGAUUAUGAUGGCAGUACUCAUAUACUGAACUAUCAAGCUGUAAUCGCGACCUGGUUGGUUGUAAACUAUAGAUAUCUCAGUUCAGGACCUACAGAAAGUAUACUUAAUGCUCCAAAAGCAGAGUUCCCAGAGUUUGCUGGAGAUGCACUGGAUAUUUACAAGUCCGAAUUAAAAUAUCGAAGUGUGUCUGAAACUGUAGAAGAAAAAGAAUUACCAAGUCGUGUAAGGUGGAAAAUAAGUCGAGGAUUUUAUGAUGAGCUCCCUCUUAAAAUGGAAUAAAACAUUCUUUCAUGUUGAUUAGGUUAAAGACAUCACUCGCACAUAUAAUGUUGUUAACCUCUUCUCUUACAUCAUUGGUAGAAAACUUUUACUAGGUAUACUAAAUAUAACUAUAUUAAGAUGUCUGGGUAAACUUUUCACUUCAGUUCUAAAUAAUUGGUUAACAAAUUUCACUGGGGAUAACAUUUGGUUAAAGUGCCUAACACUUUAAGUUUUGCAUACAAGUACAUAAUGCUCUACAUCUCAUUUAUUAUCAGAACAAUUGCAUUAAAACAUGAAACACUUGUUACAAUGUAACCAUCAUUAGUAAACUCUACUUUUCAAGUGUUUUAACUCUAAGAUGAUUUUGUAAGGAGUUGUGUCCCUUUGUACUUUUAUAUUGUGUGUGCAUGCAAGUACAUAUUGCACUAUAUCUCAUUUACUAUCUAAGCUAUUGCAUUGAAACUUGAAACACUUGCUCUAGUUUUCAAGUGCCGUUUCUCUAGGUUAGCGCACCCUGGCAUUGGCGUCACACUUGGGUUAAAGUUUUGUGUGCAAGCACAAAAUGCACUAUAUAAACUUUGCCUUGAAACUUGAAACACUGGCUUAUCAUCUUUGUCAACUACACUAAUCAAGGGCCGUUACUCUAGGCUCUAGUGUGAUUUUGUCAGUAGUUUUGGUCAUUUUUGUUAGCUCGACUAUACGAAGUAUAAGGAGAGCAGUCCUACUCGCCCCGGCGCCGGCAUCGGCGUCUUUCCGCGUCCCCACCUUGGUUAAAGUUUUGGUGCACUUUCUCUUUUUUCAACUUACCUCUGUAAUUACUUGAUGGAUUUGAUUCAAACUUGAAAUACUUAUUCCUCAUCUUCAUCCACAUCAUCUGACAUAAGGGCCAUAACUCUGGUACCAAUAUUUCAUGAAUUAUCCCCCCUUUUCACUUAGAUUUUCAGGUUAAAGUUUUGAUGCAUUUUCACUCUAUCUCUGUUAUUACUGAAUGGAUUUGCUUCAGACUUAAAAUAGUUGUUCAACAUCAUCACCCACAUCAUAUGACACAAGGUGCAUAACUCUGGCACCAUUUUUUCAUGAAUCAUUCCCCCUUUUUACUUAGAAUUUCAGAUUAAAGUUUUGGUGCACUUUCACUCUAUCUCUGUUAUUACUGAAUUGAUCUGAUUCAAACUUAAAAUAGUUGUUCAACAUCAUCACCCACAUCAUAUGACACAAGGUGCAUAACUCUGGCACCACUUUUUUCAUGAAUUAUUCCCCCUUUUUACUUAGAAUUUCAGGUUAAAGUUUUGGUGCACUUUCACUCUACCUUUGUUAUUACUGAAUGGAUUUGAUUCAAACUUAAAAUAGUUGUUCAGCAUCAUCACCCACAUCAUAUGACACAAGAUGCAUAACUCUGGCACAAUUUUUCAUGAAUUAUUCCCCUUUUUACUUAGAAUUUUAGGUUAAAGUUUUAUGCACUUUCACUCUAUCUCUGUUAUUACUGAAUGGAUCUGAUUCAAACUUAAACAAUUGUUCAACAUCAUUACCCUUAUCAUAUGACACAAGGUGCAUAACUCUGGGACCAAUUUUUCAUGAAUUAUUUCCCCUUUUUACUUAGAAUUUUAGGUUAAAGUUUUGAUGCACUUUCACUCUGUCUCUGUUAUUACUGAAUGGAUUUGAUUCAAACUUAAAAUAGUUGUUCAACAUCAUCACCCACACUGUAUGACACAAGCUGCAUAACUCUGGCACCAAUAUUUAAUGAAUUAUGCCCCUUUUUGCUUAGGAUAUACUUAUAUAGUGUUUUAUACAUUUUAUCUUUACCUCUCAUUACUUUAAGUUGAUAUUUUUGACAUAGACUCGGGCUAUUGUGCAAUAUCUUCAUCCACAAUUGGUGUCAUUAAACACUCCAGUGACAGCUCUAGUUUCCUCAGAUGUACCCAGUUUCACUAUCCAGCAUCGAAAUAGUCGAGCGCGCUGUCUCCUGUGACAACUCUUGUUUAUUUUAAAGUUAGUUUUGUGUGCAAAUACAUAUUGCACAAUAUCUCAUUUACUAUCGAAGCUUUUGCAUUGAAAUGCUUCUGAACAAUUAUUUGUCAACUCUACUAGUCAAAUGAUCUAAAUGAAGGAUGAUUCUGUCAGGAGUUGUGACCCUUUGAACCCUGUUAUUUUUGGUUAAAGUUUUGCAUGCAAGUACACAUUGCACUUAAUCUCAUUAAAUUUUACUAUCAAAGCUAUUGCAUUGAAACUUCUGUGCAUUUUCAUAUGUCAUUUGUGCAGUCUGAUCAAGAUCUGCACUGUUCGCCAUUCAGUCAGUAUCUUUUGGUUAAGCACUCCUUUUCACAGUUAAUGGUACUGUCCAAAUUGAAAGAUGGAUAAGUUUGUUAUAGAAAUUUAGCAUGGUAAGGGUUAAUAUUUAUCUUCUAUGUCAAGUAUAAAUAGUCCAGCACGCCAUCUUACUGACAGCUCUUGUUGUAAGGAGUUACGUCCCUUUGAACUUGGACAUCUUCAGUUAAAGUUUUAUGUGCCAGUGAAUAUUGCACUAUAUCUUACAGCUGUUGCAUUGAAACUUGAAACACUUGCUUACCAUCAUUAGUGGUAUUUACUAUUCAAGUGCCACAACUCUAGCAAGAUUUUAUUAAGAGUUAUGGCCUUUUGCAUAUAGACAGUUUUGGUAAAAGUUCUGCUUUCAAGUAAAUGUACAUAUUACACUUCAUCUAAAGCUAUUGCAUAAGAACUUGAUCCACUUCUUUACUUUUGUUAAAUUAUCUCUACUUUUCAAGUGCUAUAGCUAUAGGAUGAUUUUGUAAGGAGUUAUGGCCCCUUGUAUUUCUACAAAUUUCUCAGUUUAAAGGUUUUGUAUGUAUGUACAUAUUUCACUAUGUCUUGUUUAUUAUGAUUGCUUAAAGUCCUAACUAAAUGUUUAUAUCCCGUGUUAUUACUCAAGCACACUGUCUUAACUGACAGCUCUCAUUUAUAAAUGGGAAUGGGACAAUCCCAGGAUUUUCCUAUUAACAGGAAAAAACAGGACAUCUGAGAAUGCAUUCUGCUAUCCUGAAAAUCCCAGUAAUGUCCUGAGAUUUCCUGAAGACAGGACAUAAAAGUAUAAUAUUGACCUGUUCUCAGGAAAUCCCAGGAAUUCUUGAAGUCAGGAUAUCCCAGGACAGUUGUCCUGUCUUCAGGAAAUCCCAGGAAUUCCUGAUGUCAGGAAAUUACAGGACAAUUGUCCUGUCUUCAGGAAUUCCUGAUGACAGGAAAUCUCAGGACAAUUGUCCUGUCUUCAGGAAACCCCAGAACAUGUAAUUGAAUACCUUGUAAACAUGAUUUGAAAUUCUCUUUGGCGGGAGAUACAGUUAACAAAUUGACUGUUAAAGUUCAAUAGUAUUUUUACAGUAAGAAUAUAAGGAUUAUCCUUUCCUAAUAUUAAAAAAUAUUUUGUAGUUAAAAAGCAUACAUCAUGUACAUUGAAACAAUACAACCUGUCAUAGCAGAAAUAGUAAUUUCUUGGCACAUCUUAAAUCAGCUCAAAUAUGUGUACUCAUGGCACCAAAAAAAAAUAGGUGAAAGUACUACUAUUUAGUCUAGAAUCAUCAAAUCACAAGCUUCAUACUGAGCAAAAAGCUCUUAUCAUUCUAUGAUCUGUUCACUAGAGUGAAACUGUCUUUGAUCAAACAUGUACAGAUUACCUAAACUGUAGUAAAACAUUUCACUAUUUAAUGCUCUGAUGGUUUUUAGCUCGACUAUUCGAAGAAUAAGUAGAGCUAUCCUACUCACCACUGCGUCGGCGUCGGUGUCAGCGUCGGCGUCACACCUUGGUUAAGUUUUUCGUACCAGUCCACAUUUUGACAAAGUCUUUUGAGAUAAAGCUUUGAAACUUUCAACACUUGUUUACCAUCAUCAUGGCCAAUUAUAAGCAAGAGCACAUAACUCCAUCAAGGAUUUUGGCUGAAUUAUGGCCCCUUUUGACUUAGAAAUCAUGGUUAAGUUUUUCGUACCAGUUCAUAUUUUGACAAAGUCUUUUAAGAUAAAGCUUUGAAACUUUCAAUACUUGUUAACCAUCAUCAUGGCCAGUUAUAGGCAAGAGCACAUAACUCCAUCAAGGAUUUUGGCUGAAUUAUGGCCCCUUUUGACUUAGAAAUCAUGGUUAAGUUUUUCGUACCAGUUCAUAUUUUGACAAAGUCUUUUAAGAUAAAGCUUUGACACUUUCAACACUUAUUUACCAUCACCAUGGCCAGUUACAGGCAAGAGUACAUAACUCCAUCAGGGAUUUUGGCUGAAUUAUGGCCCCUUUCGACUUAGAAAUCUUGGUUAAUAUUUCGUACCAGUUCAUAUUUUGACCAAGUCUUUUGAGAUAAAGCUUUGAAACUUUCAACACCUGUUUACCAUCACCAUGUCCAGUUAUAGGCAAGAGUACAUAACACCAUCAAGGAUUUUGGCUGAAUUGUGGCCCCUUUUGACUCAGAAAUCUUGGUUAAGUUUUUCGUACCAGUUUAUAUUUUUAGCUCACCUGAGCAAUGCUCAGGUGAGUUUUUCUGAUCGCUCGAUGUCCGGCGUCUGUCGUCUGUCGUCUGUCGUCUGUCAACAUUUAGCUUGUGUAUGCGAUAGAGGCUGUAUUUUUCAAUUAAUCUUCAUGAAUAUUGGUCAGAAUGAUAACCUUGAUAAAAUCUAGGCGAGUUCGAAAAUGGGUCAUCUCGGGUCAAAAACUAGGUCACUAGGUCAAAUCAAAGAAAAACCUUGUGUAUGCGAUAGAGGCUGUAUUUUUCAUUUAAUCUUCAUGAGUAUUGGUCAGAAUGAUAACUUUGAUGAAAUCUAGGCCGAGUUCGAAAAUGGGUCAUCUCGGGUCAAAAACUAGGUCACUAGGUCAAAUCAAAGAAAAACCUUGUGUAUGCGAUAGAGGCGGUAUUUUUCAAUUAAUCUUCAUGAAUAUUGGUCAGAAUGAAAACCUUGAUGAAAUCUAAGCCGAGUUCGAAAAUGGGUCAUCUCGGGUCAAAAACUAGGUCACUAGGUCAAAUCAAAGAAAAACCUUGUGUGUGCGAUAGAGGCUGUAUUUUUCAAUUCUUCUUCAUGAAUAUUGGUCAGAAUGAUAACCUUGAUGAAAUCUAGGCCGAGUUCGAAAAUGGAUCAUCUCGGGUCAAAAACUAGGUCACUAGAUCAAAUCAAAGAAAAACCUUGUGUAUGCGAUAGAGGCUGUAUUUUUCAAUUCUUCUUCAUGAAUUUUGGUCAGAAUGAUUGCCUUGAUGAAAUCUAGGCCGAGUUCGAAAAUGGGUCAUAUCAAUUCAAAAACUAGGUCACUAGGUCAAAUCAAAGAAAAACCUUGUGUAUGCGAUAGAGGCGGUAUUUUUCAAUUGAUCUUCAUGAAUUUUGGUCAGAAUGAUUACCUUGAUGAAAUCUAGGCCGAGUUCGAAAAUGGGUCAUCUGGGUUCAAAAACUAGGUCACUAGGUCAUAUCACGUAAAAACCUUGUGUAUGCGAUAGAGGCUGUAUUUUUCAAUUGAUCUUCAUGAAUUUUGGUCAGAAUGAUUACCUUGAUGAAAUUUAGACCAAGUUCGAAAAUGGGUCAUCUGGGGUCAAAAACUAGGUCACUAGGUCAAAUCAAAGAAAAACCUUGUGUAUGCAAUAGAGGCUGUAUUUUUCAACUGAUCUUCAUGAAAUUUAGCCAGAAUGAUUACCUUGAUAAAAUCUAGGCCGAGUUCGAAAAUGGGUCAUCUGGGGUCAAAAACUAGGUCACUAGGUCAAAUCGAAGAAAAACAUUGUGUAUGCAAUAGAGGAUGUAUUUUUCAAUUGAUCUUCAUGAAAUUUGGUCAGAGUGAUUGCCUUGAUGAAAUGUAGGUCGAUUUUGAAUAUUUGUUAUCUGAGGUCAAAAACUAGGUCACUAGGUCAAAUUAAAGAAAAAUCUUGUGUAUGCGAUAGAGACUGUUUUUUUCAAUUGAUUUUUAUGAAAUUUGGUCAGGUUGAUUGCCUUAAUGAAAUCUAGGUCGAAAUUGAAUAUGGGUCAUCUAGGGUCAAAAACUAGGUCAUAUCUAAGAAAAUGCUUUUUUUAUCGCAAGAGACCAAUUUUUUGGUCCAAUCUUAAUGAAAAUUGGUCAGAAUAUUUGUUUCCAUGAAAUCACUAGGUCAAACAUGUUUUACACUGUUAUGGAGUGUUUCUUAGGUGAGCGACCUAGGGCCAUCUUGGCCCUCUUGUUUGUAAAGUGUUUGACAUAUGGCUUUGAAACUUUUAUCACUUGUUUAGUAUAAUAGUCUCUAUCUGUAGGAAAGAGAAAAUAACUCUGUCAUCUAUUUUGGCUGAAUUAUGGCCCUUUUUGGACUUUGAAAUUGGUUCUGUUUUCAUACAAGUCCAUGUUUUGUCAAAACUAUUUGACAUAUGGCUUUUAAACUUUGAACACUUGUUUAUCAUUAUGAUUUCCAUCUGUAGGCAAGAGUACAUAACUAUUUUGACUGAAUUAUGGCCCUUUUUGGACUUUGAAAUUGCCUCAUAUAUUGCCAUUUAGUGCAAGACUUAUCGAAAUCAUAGUAAUACAGGAACAUUGUUUGUCUAAUCUAUUUAUUUCUUUUGUCUGAAUAUCCGUGGAAAUAUUUUGACCCCAUUCUUCAAUCAAUUCUUCGAAUAGUCGAGCGCGCUGUCAUCAGACAGCUCUUGUUAAGAAAACUACUUUUCUAAAUAACUUAUUGUUUUGUAAAAUCAUUAAAUGAAGGAGUACAUUUAGUAUUAUUUCUGAAAGUAUUUACAGAAAUAAUUUGCUAACUUACCACAAGUUUAUAGAAUAUAUUCCUGCUACACCAACAACACCACAGCACAAGUGCUUAAUGAUACAGUUUCUACCAAAACAUGGGUCUUCAACACCAGAGUGUAAUUAACUUAUUACACCAUUACAAGAUCAUGUUUCAAAUUAAUUACCAUCUUUCAAUCUGUAUCUUUUAGAAAAUGUCCUGUCUUUUUCCUGUGAACAAGACAAUUUUUCUUUCAAGAGUCCUGUCUUUUAGUGUUAAAGUCCUGUCUUCAGGACUUUCUUGCAGCCUUGCUAAAAGAAUCCCAGGAUAAUUCUGGGAUUUCCUGAGAACAGGAAAAUAUUUCUGCAUGGUUAUACCCCCAUAAACAAAAUUUACUGGGGGUAUACUGGUGUCACCACGUCCGUCUGUCCAGUUGUCUGUCGGCCAGGCCAAAACUCAGUCAUUGAUUGGUGAUUUUAUAAUAACUUAGCUUAAUUGUUCUCUAUCAUGAGAUAGUGUGUCGCGGGGAAACUCUGGUCCCUUGAAGGUCAAAAAUGGGUGUUGUAGAGCUUGUACAGACCAUAACUCAGUCAAUCUCUGAGGGAUUUUAAAAUUACUUGGCAUCAUUAUUAACCAGCAUGAGACAGUGUGUCGCACGCCAGAACGAGGUACCUAGCUUAAAGGUCAAGGUCACAUAUAGUGCUUAAAGGUAAAAAAUGGGUAUUGUAGAGCUUUUCCUGAUCAUAACUCAAGUCAUUUAUUGAGGGAUUUUAAAAUAUCUUGGUGUAAUUGUUAACCAUUAUGAGGUGGUUUGUUGCAAGCAAGACCCAGUGUCCUAGCUUAAAGGUCAAGGGCACACUCAGUGCUUAAAGGUAAAAAAUGGAUGUUAUAGAACUUGUCAAGACCAUAACUUGAUCAUUCAUUGAAGGAUUUUAUAUUAACUUGGCGCAGUUGUUAACUCUGAUGAGACAGUGUGUCAUGUGCAAGACCAAGGUUCCUAGCUGUCAAGGUCACACUUAGAUUUCAAAUGUGAAAAAUGGGUGUAAUGAGUUUGUCGGCACAGUAACUUGGUCAUUCACUGCACUUCAGUUAAUAACUGUCCAGGCUGUAGACAAACAUAUAAACAUGAUAAAUAUCCAAAGUUAAGAUGUGUUGUAUAAAUUCAAAUAUCUAAUAGUAUGUUCUAUUUCUUAUUAAUAAAGUACAGGUUGAAAAUGA